UUUCCACCCAACGCGGUUCAUGGUCCCAUGCGAAGCAAAUACUAAUAGCCGAGGAAAGGCCUACAGUGUUGAUAUCAGGAUUACUGUUACUUGAGCAUCUGUCUUGCGUAACUGGAGGUUGGGCUAACGAUGAGUCCCGGAAAACCUACAGAUACACAUAACUCAUAUUAGUUAAGGCAGGAAGCUUAGGACCUAACGUUCAGUGUGCACCGGACUUAAGGAGAGCUGUGGUUUCAAAUGGUUGGGUGACGCGUUAUUCAGCAGGCGGGGGAGUAGGCAGGAUUCCCAAGGCUCGGAAAAGUCUUUAGAUGUAUAGAAAGACCCUGGUUGGACAGACCGCAUGACAAGCAAAAUGGCGUGUACGGGUCACUAACACUAACAUAUUUCGAUCAAUUGAUAAAAAAGUGGACCAUAUUCUUAUUUAUAAAGAACUUAAGACUAUACAGCAAUCAAGAAUUAGUCAACGAGGAUAACAGAAAUGUUUGCUUAUACAGUACGAAGACAUGUGACGAUUUCACGCUUUUUCAAUGCUGUGCGCAAUGAACGUCUUCCUUCGGUCUUAGUUGGAGAUCCAUUUCGCAGACACCGGACACAGAGACCUGUGUUUCAGCGUUCUUUUACUUCGACCUCGGAGGGCAGCCAAGGGGUUACUAUACGCCGUGGAAGAAUGGAAGACGUCCCGGGAGUCUGGAAACUGACAGAGGAAUUCAAGUGGAAUAAACAUCAAGACAUGAUUGAAACACUCUUCAAAAUAUGUGAAAAUGGCUGGACUAUCGCGGAAAAGGACGGAAGUGUUGUGGGUUGUUGUUUGACACACGACUUUAAUGAUGAUCUGACUACAGUGGGGCACUUUCUAGUGUCGUCAAAGAUGCGCGGUUAUGGUGUAGGGGGACAAAUACUGAGAAACAUUGUAGAGGAAUAUGGCGAAAGAAAUAUUCAUUUUAGUUCCAUUUCGUAUAUGAUAGAUACAUAUGAAAGAUACAACGGUGCUCCGCUCUCUCGGGGAGACACGGGAGGAAAAUAUUUCGGCGUCUUCAAGGACAUCCCUCUUCCACCGGAUGCCUUACGCAAAUACCAUCUAUCUGACCUGCGCCAAGUUGAACUGUCGGACCUCAUUGAAUAUGAUACGUCAUUCCACGUGGUACCAAGACCGGAAAUGCUGAAGAUUUGGCUUGGCCAAACAACGGCAGAAACGCUCGUCUUGUUGGAGAAGGGAAAGAUAGCCGGUUACGGAUCAAUCAGGCCUGCUAUGAACGGUUUCUACCUUGGACCCCUCUAUGCAGAAAAUACGAUCGGAACCCUGGUUCUCUUCAAGGCUUUGGUGGACCUCAUUCCACGAGAUUCCAACGUCGAUUUUUUUCUGCCACAUGCGAACGAAGCGGGUCAACUGAUUCUGAAGGCCAACGAAAACACCGUAGGUUUGUACGACACUUUUCACAAAUGUGCUAGGAAAAGUUAUAUUCCAGUACUAAAAUGGAAUAAUGUAUUUGCAUUACUCUUUAACGAGUGCGGACUGUGCUAA